ACCGUUGAAAAAUGCAGUGUUUUAUUGAGUCGUAGACCAGAAUUACCCCACUGCAAUUUCGUUACUUCCUCCUUUCUCUGGCCUUUUAUGAAUUAUAUAUUUUACAUUUCAACACGCAUUUCUCUUGCUGCUUUUGUUAUCCUUAAUGCCGCUGUUUCCUUCUCCUACUUCACUAGAAAAAAGGACCAAUCUUUUCUUUUUUCUCUUUCCCUCUAUUAUUAUAUCAAGUAUUAGAUGAGUUAGCGCUCUUUUUCUUUGUAUAUCAUUCGCUUUCCCUCUCUUCUUCUCAUUUCCUUCUUUCCAUCAUGGGAAAAAGAAGCGGAAGUAGUUGAUUCUAAUUUGAGAAGAGUAAAGAUGGAAAUGUUUUGCAGAUUCUUGCUUGUCUUUUCGCUGCUUGUGCUUGUGGCUGAAUCAGAAUCUACCUGCAAUAGUACAGACCGAAAGCUGCUAUCUAAAGCUUUCAAGUCUGUCUCUGGGUUCAAUCUUUCUUGGUUCCAUCUUUCAGAUUUCAACUGUUCCCAUCCUCCUAUUAAAGAAAUAAGGCUUCCUUCAAGAAACUUGAGUGGCAUCAUUUCAUGGAGGUACUUCAAGAAUAUGUCAAAGUUGCAUGUUAUUGAUCUCUCCAGCAAUUCAAUUCAAGGUCAGGUUCCAGGUUGGUUUUGGUCUACAAAAAGUCUGAAAGAAGUUAAUCUAGCCAAAAAUAUGCUCGGAGGGAGCAUCGGGUUUGAACCCAACCAAGGAAAUGGUUCUUUUUCCUCCAUUAAACUGCUCAAUCUCUCCACAAACAGGUUUACGAACUUGGGUAAACUCUCUGGUUUUGCAAAUCUGCAAUCUCUUGAUCUCUCAAGCAAUAUUCUUGGCUCUUUAUCUUUUGAUUUUUCUAACCUAACAAAGUUAGAGUUUCUCAACAUUUCAAGCUGCAAAAUUUUGGGCAGUGUAAAAGCUAUUUCGGGUUUGCAUUUGUUGAAAUAUUUAGAUGUCUCAAACAACACCAUGAACGGAACUUUCCCUUCUGAUUUCCCUCCAUUAGAUGGUCUCGCGUUCCUAAAUGUUUCAUUAAACAACUUCACUGGAAUUGUCCACUCUGACAAGUUCAACAAAUUUGGAAGAUCUGCUUUUCUUCAUGGUGGUAGUUUCAAUUUCACUAGCUUAAAAACCCCAUCAGAAAGCCCAAGUAAUAAUACCAUGAAGCCACAUCCAAAACAAAUCCCAACUCACAAAAAGAACAUCCCAAAGCAGAAUGAACUUCAUCCAUCAUCCCCCAAGAACCCCAUUAAGAAAACCAAAUCAAAAACCGAAACUUUAAUAAUCUGUGUCUCAUCAAUGUCAUCAUUUUUCCUUGUGUCCAUUGCUAUUUGUUUCUUUUGCAUGCACAGAAGAAGAAAGGUUGCUGCAAGAAACAAAUGGGCAAUCUCGACACCAAUCCAAUUCCCGUUCAAAAUGGAUAAAUCAGGACCGUUCAGUUUCGAAACUGAAUCAGGCACAUCAUGGGUAGCAGACAUAAAAGAACCAACAUCAGCACCAGUAAUCAUGUCAUCUAAACCGUUGAUGAACAUGACUUUCAAGGACUUAAUAGCAGCCACAUCACACUUUGGCAAAGACUCACUCCUAUCAGAAGGCAGGUGUGGACCCCUUUACAGAGCUGUCCUAUCAGGAGACCUCCACGUGGCAAUCAAAGUGUUAGAAAAUGCAAGAGAGAUUAAUGAUGAAGAAGCAGUAACUAUUUUUGAAGGUCUUUCAAGGCUAAAACAUCCUAAUCUAUUGCCGCUGUGUGGUUACUGUAUUGCAGGUAAAGAGAAGCUGAUAUUAUACGAAUUCAUGGCCAACGGUGAUCUCCGCCGUUGGCUCCAUGAGCUUCCCACACUCAAACCCAACGUGGAAGACUGGAGCACCGACACCUGGGAACAUCAAAAUAUAUCUGGGUCCCACGUCUCCUCGCCUGAAGAAAAAACAAACUGGCUCACGCGCCACUAUAUCGCUGUCGGUGUGGCGCGUGGAGUUGCCUACCUUCACCACGCAGGCUCUACCCACGGCCACCUGGUUUCCUCCAACAUCCUCCUCUCCGAUACCUUAGAACCCCGAGUUGCUGAUUUUGGGCUCCGAAAUAUUGGCCCAAAAAGUAAAAAUAUUGGACACGAGUGUGGAGUUGAGUUUGAUGUGUACUGUUUCGGGUGUGUGUUGAUUGAGAUAUUGACCGGUAAAGAAGGAAGUGAAGAGAGUGUAGAGUGGGUUAGAAGGUUAGUGAGAGAAGGGCAUGGUGGAGACGCCCUGGACUCGAGAUUACGAGUAGCUGGUGACUCAAUGAAUGAGAUGGUCGAGUGUCUCCGAAUUGGAUAUCUUUGUACGGCGGAGUUGCCUAGUAAAAGACCAACCAUGCAGCAGGUUUUGGGUUUGCUCAAGGACAUCCAUCCUGAGCUGAAUUGAGUUAACUCCAAAUAGUCGAGUCUCCUACACGCAUGAUUGAGCGCGUGGUAUUGGUCAAUUGUAAUUUUUAUGUUAGAAGAGACCAUGUCUUGUCUCGUUGUCUCUUCUCUUCUAUUUUCUUUCUGGCUAAUAUUUUUAGUUCAUUUUGGCUAUUAUGUACAGACAAAAUUUUAAAGAAAAAGAAAAAAGGACUAAAUUCUCUUUAAGAAAAAGAAAAAGAGUUUUUGUCAA